UUUUCUAUAUGCGGGUGUGAGUGUACGUGAUACCUACCAAGUACGUAUCUUAAAUCAUAUCCUCAGUCAGACUUUCUGAGCAUAAUGUCCAUGUGAUAUGUAUUAGAUACAUAAGCACCAACAUGUAUAUGCUGUUGUAUGUUUCUUAUAUCAUUAUACAUCCCGUUACCCUCAGCCCUGUCUCCCGCCUAUUCUGUAAGCCUACGGUUACAAGGUUCAUUCCAGGGAAUAAUCCAAAGAGCAUAAGAUUUUUAGAUCAAAAAUUGUCAAAAAGGAACAAAACAAAAAUAAAAAGCCCGCUUACACCUGAGUGGAACUACAGUGGCAGAGAACACACGCGAUCAUUCCUGAACACCAAACCCCCAGCGAAGUAACAUAUAGGAAACACGAAUAUGGGGAUGAACGAGUGGCAGACUCAAAUC